AUAAUGUCUACCAAUAGCUUAGUAUGUAAAGAUCAUCAUCCCCCCUUGAUUCAAUUCAGUUGUGAUGGCUCAACCACCCAUGAAGGCUUACCAGAAUGAGAGAUGAAGAUUAUAGCUCUGUAAAUUAAUGGAUUAACUAUUUGUAUUGACUGGAAAGCAUGACCAUGUGAUUCCUCAUUUGUAUGUCUGUAUAUUCGGCUACACUUCAGGUCAUAUGUCUUCCUGAUUGAGGCUAAAAGACCCCAUAUGUCUGGUUGGUACAUGGUUUUGCCUCCCAAACGCUUUAAAUAGAUGAACAACUGCUUCUACAUUCUGAUCAUCUAAUACUUAAACCCAGUCCAGGCAAAAUCUUUGGUUUCAAGGAUCUUGAAAUUAUCCAUUCAAAUUCUCUUUAUUCAGUACUCUUUGUACCAUUAUUACAAUUCUGUAUAAAUUUGGUUUCCUCUAGACCUCUACCAUUAGCAGUCUGAAUGAAUUCGUUUCAGUUACUUUAGACAUAGGUGUUCAUCAGCUUCACUCCCAGUGCAAGUAUCUGAUCCAAUCUACCAGCCCAUACAAUUUCUGUAGAUGCUUGUUUCAAUUUGUUUUCCUUCAUCUUUUAGCACUUAAAGGUUCUUCAUUAGCAGAACCAAAUGAUUCAUACCAGAUGGAAAUGAUGACAGGCUUCUUUGGUUAGAAUGUUAAAGGGAUUACCUCAAGAGAAAGCAGAAACCAUAUUUGUUGUAGCUCAGCAAUGUUCCCUUUUGUAGUACAAUAUCACAAGGUAGAAAUGAAGUAAGAAAAGUGUCCUGCUUCAUUUGCUUGGGAGAUAUCUAUUAAUAGUGAUCGAUGGUGUAUAAGAUUAAAUGUUAACAUUUUGGAAUAAAAUCUUCGGCUUCUUCUUCAGCUCCGCUAAAACUCUCUGGUCUGGUCUGGGUUUCCUUCAGUUAUUCUGUGAAUAAGUUUACAACUGAUGCUAUUAUGGAGUUUCUUUCUUGUUGGCGGGCCAAAAAGGUUGUAAUUGAAGGUGUUGAUUAUGGAGAUUCUUGCUUGUUGAUGGGCCAAAAAGUCUUGCAGAUUUUCUUCAUUAAUGCAGCUAAAGAUCUCAAGGGCAGAAUGAAAAAAUUUCUUUUUUAUACUGCCCCCCCAAAAAAAAGAACAGAUUUUGGACAUCAAUUGCUUGGUUGUGGUGGAAUUCAAGAACAUGUUGUUGAUGCUUCAAUGAACAGCAGGAAGCAUUAUGGAUUGGUUACAGAUUGUAUGCAGAAACAAAAACAUGUGGUUUCACAUUAAUUCUUCUUUUCUUGUGUUGUCUCAGAUUCAUUCCACCUAUGUCUACGUAUUUCCUGUGGAAACUGAAUGACCACACUACUAAUAAUUGGUGGCUCUUGCUUGGCCUUGGAAUUAUUAGUGGAUCACUUUCGUUAGUGUCUUUUUUAUUUGUAUAUUCGUUUAUUUGCAUGAGAGCUCAUGAAAUGUACCCAAACCCAAGACUUUAUAUUCUUAAAUAGUACUUGAAUAAUGUCUAGUGGCGGGA